AAGGAGGCAGCUAACCCGGAAGACAGGACGGAUUUCAGCUGUAGCUGCGGGCUGUGGUGUCCACAUGUUCCCCUGUACACAUGUUGUCUAAUGUUAGCUGAGGAAUACAGAAAAAGUAAACAGCGAAAUGAUAACUGUCCUAUAGGUCGUUAAAGACACUAGGAGAAGAUGUUGAGUGAUUCUAAGGCCGCAGAGCUGCUCUCCUUCCUAACCGCGGGUACUCGUCCUGAUGUCAAAGGUCACGCCACAGAGUACAUCCUGGGACUCUCUGGACACAGGGAUGGCUGCCGAUUCCUCCGCUCUAAACCUGACAUACUUAUUGCUCUGUUUGCUCUGACUCGUGACCCCUCUAUUGCUAUAGUGAAGGACUGUUACCACAUCCUCAUCAACCUGUCAGCUGACGAGACUCUGCACCAGGUUUUGGUGACAGAUGUCAAAGUUCUUCCAGUGUUGUUUAAGAACCUUCUGGAUCCAGAGUACCUGUUCUCUGAUCAGGUCUGCACCAUCUUGUCCAACCUGACCCGCCUAGACAAGACCUGCAAGACUGUGUUCAAGGUCCUUCAGGAGGAGGUUGGUCUGGCUCAGCUGGUGGAGGUCUUUUGUACUAAAGGCUACAACAAGAAUGCUAAUCUCCACUACAUAGGUCCUCUGCUGUCCAACCUGACACAGCUGCCCGAGGCCAGAAACUUCAUGAUGGACAAGAACAGGUGUGUAAUCCAGAGGUUGUUGCCCUUCACUCAGUACCAGGCAUCAGUGGUGAGGAGGGGAGGGGUCAUAGGCACCCUGCGCAACUGUUGCUUUGACCACGCCAACCAUGAGUGGUUACUAAGUGACGCUGUGGACAUCCUGCCCUUCCUCCUGCUGCCGCUGGCUGGUCCAGAGGAGCUGACAGAGGAAGAAAAUGAAGGCCUGCCGGUGGACCUGCAGUACCUCCCAGAGGACAAGAAGAGAGAAGAAGACGCCGACAUCAGAAAGAUGCUGCUGGAAACACUUUUACUGCUGACAGCGACCAAAGCCGGCCGGCAGACACUAAAAGACAAGAGCGUUUAUCCGAUCAUGAGAGAGUUCCACAACUGGGAGAAGGACGUCCACGUUACAGCAGCCUGUGAGAAACUGGUCCAGGUGCUGAUAGGAGAUGAGCCAGAGCAGGGGAUGGAGAACCUGAUGGAGUUGGAGAUUCCCGAGGACGUGGAGAAGAAACUGAAGGAGGCUGACAUCAGAGAACAGCAGGAGCUGGAGAGUGAACAGGAGAGGAUGAGAAAGGAGGAGGAAGAGGGAAAAAAAGAAGAACAGUGACUCGGAGGGGACAGACAAAGGACGAGAGAAUGAAAUGAUACCAUAAAGCCUGUUUUUAGACCUGGAAUCUGUAACCUUUCUGGCUUCAUCGUCUGCUGUUAAAGUGAUGACUUUUCAUCAUUCAGAUGUGUUCAUUACAACUUUAUUUACACAUGAUGGGAAAUUUACAGAAAGAGCGGUGUCACUGCUGGAGAACAGUGCUGAGCUAAAAAAGUAAAAUUAAGUGAGGAUAUGGAAGAAGAUCAUCUAUUACUGACAAUGAUAAAGCAUACAGUGUCAACAAGUUGCAAUGCUCAUUGAAUUGGCUUUUAAGGUUCAUUAUAUCAUUUUUUUAGAUGGAUCUGACAUGAGAAGAGUUUCAACAACUUAUAAUUGGCUCAUUCAAAGUGUUUUGUGUUUAUGAAAUUUAUUAAAGAUCAUUAAUGACAGAUUAAUUACAGUGGUUUGAAAACACAGAACAGGUGUUAUAAAAACUUCAUGAGGUUAUUGUAAAAGUGACGCUCGUGCUUAUUCAGAUACGAGACAAGAUGCAAUAUCACCAAUGCUACAUAAUAGGGUGCUUUCCGACCUGCCUAAGGCCUUAGCAUCUUCACUGUGAGGAGAAAUCACCUUUUGGUUGGGAGGUCAGACUUUUUCUUUUCUUUUUUUUUUUCUUUUCUUUUUUUUUUUGUUUCCCCUUUAUUUCCACAUUAAAUGAUUUAGGUAUUUCUAAACCCUAUUUUCACAUAUUUUGUACUAAUAUUUUGGAGUCCUGCAGUAGAUUACUUUAUGGCUGCAGUGGCUGCAAUGUAUUCCUUUGGGACAGUUGUGCCCGUCAAAAUUACGUCCUCAAAAAGUGCUUCUUUUUGCCCCUGACAGGCUCAGACUGUUAUGUCAAGUGUCUGACAUUAUGGAAUGGAUCUCUACAAGGAACACCCAUUAAAACACCUUUAUUUUUAACAAAAAACAGAAGUAUUUCUCAAGGACAAUUCUCCCUCUGAUAUCUCGUGAGGAGCGAGUUGCAGAGAAUUGUCCUUGAACAAGACUUCUGUUUCUUGUUUAAAAAAAACGGUGUUUUAGCGGGUGUUACUUGUAAGGAUCCUUUGCAUGAUGUUGUCACCCCGUAUAACAAUUUGAGCAUGUCAGCGGCAAAGAAAAGCGCUUUAUGUGGACUUUUUGAUGGGCACAAUUGCCCAAAGUAAUAUGUUUCAGCCACUUCAGUCGCCAUCUAUUGCACAGAUUCCAAAAGUUAUUGUACCAACUAGUCAUUUUGACACUAAAAUAUGUAGAAAAUUGGGCCUGUGUUAAUCCUCUAAGUUGGUUUAAGGUUAGAAAAGUCCUUUUAUUGACAGUAUAAUAUUCUGUAUAUUGUGUAUUAUGUUUCACCUCUACAUUGAAGCUGAUGAGUGAAAUAUUCAAACCCAAGACAAUAUUCUACAUAUCUGCUGCAUCAUUUCAGACACACUUCCCCCAAAUCUGAAAUGUUUGGAAAGUUUGAGAUUGCCACUAGAAUUUUAAAUAAGUUAUGUGGGCUUGAACAGUGUUUGGCUGUAAAAAUCUUUAGGAAAGAUCCACCUUAAAACAGUAAACAUUGUUAAUGUUCUUAUUCUGCCUUUAAAUUAUGAAUAAAUGAUUGAAUUUCCAAAUGUAUUUAUAAAUAAAUGUUCCUUAUUGUUA